GUUCUGCGUCGGCGACAAGUUCUAUCUGUGCGAAAACAAGAUCCUGUGCGAGUACGACUACGAGGAGCGGCUGGUGUUCGCGUCGAUGGCGAACCACCCGAUGCUGAAGCGCCAGAUCUCGCAGGCUGGCGGAGGACCGGGAGGGGGAGGAGGCGGCGGUGGCCCGGGGGGCGGCGGCGGAGUUCUGCACCCUGGAGUAGCAACGGCCAACAUGCAGAACGGCCACGGCGGUGGUGGUGGCGGAGUGGGCGGUGGAGGUACGGGUGCCGGCGGCGGUGGUGGUGGAGGAGGAGGACCGGGAGGUUCGCCGCAACAGGGCCCCCCGGGUGGGCCACAGGGGCAGAACAACGGGGUCGGCAAUCCGUUGAUGCUCGGUGGUGGUGCUGGUGGUGGAGGCGCUGGUCAACGCCCGGUUGGCGGCGGCGGCGGGGUCGGUGACCUCAACAACAACAACAACGCGAGCCUCCCGGCCGGCUUGACCGGCGGCCCGUCCCCGUUCGGGUCGCCCACGCACAUCAAGGCGGCGCUCAGCACCGCCAGCUAAGCUGUCGGCACCUGG